AUGAGUCUAAAAACACGAAGUAUCGUGUUCGUGACUUUUUUCACGAGCUGUCUGAUCGUAGGCUUGCUUGUGGCAAGUCUAACGACCAACAAUUGGAUUCAAGGAAAUGCGAAACGACGGAAUUUCAAUGAGUCGAGUGGUCAAAUAAAUUUUGGAUUAUUUUCCGGUCAUCGUCGUUUGAAUGUUGGAUUCGGCUUGCGAGAGUACAAGAUUGAUGUGCCAGCUAUGAUCCGUAAUGAACCGGAGGUGAUGAGCUAUUGGCUUUGGCUUGGUGCUGCCCUUGGGACGGGAUUCGGCAUAUUGGGUGGAGUGAUUACAGCAAUCGCGUCCGUCCUGAAAUCUGCAUCGGCAUCGAAGAAAACGGGAACGAUGGUGGUGCUGUUUGUGAGCAAUCUUUUCACUGGAAUCUCGCAAACGAUCGCAUUCGUCUGCUGGAUGGUACAGUUCUACAGCUAUCUUACCCACAACGUACUACUCGCCGAAGAUCGUAACAACAGCUGGUACAGCACGGGACUGACAAUGCUGGGAUCUAGUUUCUUUUUCGUAUCUGCCGGUAUCGUGCUCGUAGUUUUGAAUCUGAUACUACUUAUCGUCGCAACACGGCUCGAACGCUGGGAAAGAAAGAAGUUUUUGAAUCCCACCACAGACGACAAAACUCAGGGCGCAAUUAUGUUAUAUUAG